UCGUAUCUUAAGUCUAAUGGAUUAAAUAAAUUGCCAAAUUUUCUGACAGGUGUCUCAUCGGUUCUCGUAAAAUGGGAACAAGCGUGAAAUCAUAUCAGGAAUUACCGACCAUUUUACAAUCUGUACCCACUUGCGUUUUAUACGAGGUAGGCGCAUGUUAUUCAUGUGUCCCAUUAAACUGCACUUAAUCAUUGAAAACUUUUCUCAUCUCUAUGACAUUCAUUUAAACUUUCCAGCAUAUCUCACCUCUAUGACAUUCUAUUUAAACUUUUCAGCAUAACUCACCUCUAUAGUAUUUUAUUUACACUUUUCAGCAUAUCUCACCUUUAUGACAUUCUAUUUAAAGUUUUCGGCAUAUCUCACCUCUUUGACAUUUUAUUUACACUUUUCAGCAUAUCUAACCUCCAUGACAUUCUAUUUAAACUUUUCAGCAUAUCUCACCUCUAUGGCAUUCAUUUAAACUUUUCAGCAUAUCUCACCUCUAUAUUUUAUUUACACUUUUCAGCAUAUCUCAUCACUAUGACAUUCAUUUAAACUUUCCAGCAUAUCUCACCUCAUGAUAUUCUAAAAAAAACUUUUCAGCAUAUCUCACCUCUAUGACAUUCUGUUUAAACUUUUCAGCAAAUCUCACCUCUAUGAUAUUUUAUUUUACACUUUUCAGCAUAUCUCACCUCCAUGACAUUCUAUUUAAACUUUUCAGCAUAUCUCACCUCUAUGACAUUCUAUUUAAACUUUUCAGCAUAUCUCACCUCCAUGAUAUUUUAUUUACACUUUUCAGCAAAUCUCAUCUCCAUGACAUUUUAUGUAAACUUUUCAGCAUAUCUCUAUUAUAUGUUAUUUACACUUUUCAGCAUAUCUUACCUCUAUGACAUUGCACUUAAACUUUUUUUUUUCAAAGAUGCUCCAUUCACCAUGGCGUUAAUUUUCUGUCUUUGUUUUUAUCAUUGAACUUUUAUUGUAGGCAUAUCAUUUAUCUGUAGCAAUAAAUCUCUUUACUUAGUAUAUCCUUUAAAAUUGAAAUAAAUGUUUCUUUUUGAUCUGAAUCCAUUCUUAAAUUUAAAAAAAAUAUUUACUUAGUUCAGGAUUUUUAAAAAUUUAAAACUAGAAUAAAACAUCUUAUAAGUCAGAUGCAACGAUGGAAUUGAUGACAGGCUUAAUUAAUUAAAUUAAUAUCAUUAGAAUUACUUUAAGGAAGUUUACAAUAGCUUGGUUUUAAGAUCAGGACAAACAAAAGAAGUUAUUAAUGCAAAAGCUUGAGAACCUCUCUCAUGAAUUACGCAAUCUAAUUUGAAAAUGUUAAAAUUGUAAGCUAUUUAAGAGCAGUCUGACAUUUCAAUGGGUAUCGCCUCAAUCGACCAAAGCAAAUAAUCUCGUUGGUAUUUGUGUUUCCACUUAAUCCAGGACAAUGACUCUUUUGGUGAGUAAAGUAAAUUUAUAUAUAUAUGAAUAUUGAAAUCUUUGAUUAGCUAUUUGCUGUGCGAAUGUCAUUGAAUGCAUUUAAAAAUAAUGUCACAGAAAAUGAAUAAACAGUCAAGUUCCGAAUAGUUUGAUUAAAAAGAGCUUGGAUCAGAACAGCCUGGCUCAGAAAAUCUUACCACAGAACAGCUUUGAUAAAAACAGCAUAACUCAAACGAGUACGCUCAGAACACUGGAUCUCAGAACAGCCAGACUCAGAAAAAAUUAUAUUCUCUUAAAACAGAACAGCAAGCAUAAGAAUGGCCAGCCCAGAUGGGCUUUCCUAAGAAAACCCUGCGUUAGAUAAUCCUGCACCAGAAACGACUUUCUCAGAACAGAGUGCCCGAAAACGCCCUGCCUCAGAACGCCCUGACACACAACAGCUUGGUUCAGAAAGGCCUGCCUCAGAACGUCCUGACACAUAACAGCUUGAUUCAGAAGGCCUGCCUCAGAAUGCCCUGACACAUAACAGCUUGAAUCAGAACGGCCUGCCUCAGAAUAACUUGCGUAAAACGGCCUGUUCAGAGCGGUCUGCUUGAGAACAGCCUGCAUAAGACGGGCAUGACCAGAACAGGCUGAAUCAUAAAAGACUGUCUCAGAUCAGACUGACUCAGAAAGGCUUGUAUCAGAACAAUCUAAUUCAGAAUGGCCAUCCUCAUAACAAAAUGCGACAGUACCGCCUGCCUCGGAAUGGCCUGCCUCAGCACGGCUUGUCUCGGACCAGACUGCCCAGAACCGCCUGCCUCACAUUACCCUGCCAAAAUAAAACAUUCUCCUUUGCAGACUAGCACAGAACAGCCUUCGUCAGAACAGCCUGCCUCGGAACAACCUGCCUCAUAACAGUCUGCCUUAGAACCACCUGUCUCAAUAGAGUCUGCAUCAGAAUGACCUACCUCAUAACAGUCCGCUACAAAACAACCUGCCUCAGAACGGCCUAACCCAGAACAACAUGUGUCAGAUCAGCCUGCCAAAGAAAUACUUUUUCAGAAUGGUCAGCCUCAUAACAGCCUGCGCGAGAACAACCUGAUUUAAAAGGGCCUGUCUCUUAACAGCCUGCCAGAGGAAGCCUUUCUCAUAAGAGCCCACAACAGAACAACCUUCCCCAAAACGACCUUCUCCAGACCGAGAUGUUUCAGAACAGCAUGCCUCAGAAAAGCCUGCACAAGAGCAGCCUGCUUAAUAAUAGCAGUCUACAGAAAAGAACAGAGUGUCUCAGAAUGACCUGACUCAGAACAAUCUGCCUCAUAAUGGCCGGCCAUAGAAUAGCCUUCCUAAGAAAGAUCGGCCUUAUAAAAGCCCGCCACAGAUGUGCCUGUUUCAGAAAAGCACACCUCAGAAUAGCCCCCAUCGUAACAAAAUGCCCAAGAAUAGCCUGUCUCGGUCUCAGCACGGUCUGUUUCAGAGCAGAUUGCCUCAGAACCGCCCCACUCAAAAUACCCUAUCGCAAUAAACCUUUCCCGAAGCAUCCUGCCACAAAACAGCCUUCUUCAGAAGGACGUGCCUCGGAACAGCCUGACAAUGAACAUUCUUCCCCGUAACGGCUUUAAUCACAUCAGCCGCCCUUAAAACGGCUUGCCCCAGAAUAGCCUCCCACAGAACGGCCUGCUUCAUAAAAGUUUUCUUCAAAACGACUGGUCUAAAAACAGCCUGCCAAAGAAAAGACUGCCACAGAACGGCCUUCCACAUAACAUUCUGACUCAGAACAGCCUGUAUCACAAGAGCUUGCAUCAGAACGGCCUGCCUCAUAAUAGCCUGCCAAAAUACCAACUUCCACACAGCUGCAUGUCACAGAAAAGACUUCUUAAGAACGGACUGUCACCGAACGUCCUGACAGAAUAAAUUGCCAAAGAACGGCUUAUCCAGAAUGGUCUGCUUGAGAAAAGACUGCCCCAGGACGGCGAGACAAGAACAGCCUCGAUCUUACCAGCCAGUCUCUGAACAGUCUGCCGCAGAACGGCAUGUCUCAGAACAGCCUGACUCAGAAAGACCAGUUUUAAAAAAAACAGCCUGACACAGAGCAGCAAGACUGAAAACAAUCGGCCUUAUAACAUUCUGGAAACAGAACGUGUUUAUUAGAACAAUCUACCUUAGAAUGCCCCCCUCCCCAUAUUAAAAUGUCACAGUGCCACCUGCCUCCGAACGGCCAGCCCCAGAACUGACUGUAUCAGAAAGGCUAGUCUCCGAAGAGCCUGCCUCAUAAUACCCUGCGAAAAAAUACAACUUUCUCCAUAGCAGUUUGUCACAGAGCAGCCUUCUUCAGAAUGGACGGAGCAGCCUGCUCCAUAACAGUCUGUCUCAGAACGGCCUUACUUAUAACAUCCGGCUACAAAACAACUUGCCUCAGAAUGUCAUAACUUAGACAGAUAUGUUUUAGAACAGCCUUGCCCAGUGCAGCCUGCUUAAUAAUAGCAUUUUACAGAACAGCCUGCCACAGAGUAGCUAAUCUCAAAUCGAUCGGACUCAGAACUGCCUUCCUCAGAACAGACUGCUACAAAACAGCUAGGCUAAAAAAUGACUACCUCAGAGCAGACUGCCUCAUAACAGCAGUCAACAGAACAGCCUGCCACAGUAUAACCUGUCUCAGAAUGACCUGAUUCAGAACGGCCUUGCUCAGAACAGCCUGUCUCACAACGGCCAUCUUCAUAAAUGUCUGUCACAGAACAGCGUUCUCAUAACCGAAUGCUAGAUAAAAACUUGAUAACAGAAGAGCUUCUCCAAGUACUCAAUGCCUCAGAACAGAUACAAACUGAAUGGCCCGCAUCAGAACAGCCUGCCUCAGAACGGCCCGUUUCAUUACAGACUUUCAUAGAUCAGCCUGCAUCAAAAAUCCAAGCUUCAUCAUGGUCUGGCUACAGCCUUUCUCAGAACCGCCUGCCUCAGAACAGCCUGCCCCUGAAAGACCUGUUUUAGAAGAACAGCUUGUAUUAUAAAAGGACUGCCUCAUUUUAGCCUGCCACAGAACAGCUUGCCACAGAACGCCCUCCAUAUAAAAAAUGCCUCUGAAGAGCCUGCCUAUGAGAAAGGCCUAAUCAGAAAGGCUUGUUACAGAACAGAUUGCCUCAGAACCGCCUGCCUUAUAAUACAAAGCCACAAUAAAAUUUCUCCAUAGCAGCCUGCCAGAAAAGAGCCUUCUCCAGAAUACCCUGCUCCGGAAAAGACUGCCUUCACAAUAACGCCUCAGAACGGCCUGCCUCAGACCAGCCUGCCACUAAAAAGCCUUCCUCAUAACAACCUGCCUCAGAGCAGCCUUUUCUGGAACAAGAUUUCAAAAGGAACAGUUGUGGCGACAACAUUAGACUCAUUUGUGUCUAUUGCUUCAAGCCUUCAAACCCUCAGGGCCUGAUUCCCUCACAAAGUGGCUCUGGAAAUCAGUGGAAUGUCCUCAUCAACACCAGGCACAGAAGCAUUGCAAAUCUCCUUUACAUGCAUAAGAGCUAAAAUGAUUAACAAAUUGAUCGUAGGCCAUUAAUAUAUUAUAGAAGAAGAAGGAAAUGAGAUGUUACAGAAACAUUCUUGGCAUCUGCUAUAGAGACCAUAUCUCCAAUUAACAAGUGAAAGAAAGGAUUCGUCAAGCAAUGGGGCAGUACGAUGACCUCCUGGUGACUGUAAAAAAGCGCAAACUGGAAUGGCAUGGUCAAGUGAAAAGAAAACAAGGGCUCGCCAAAGAAAUCAUGCAGAUCACAACGAGAGGAGGGAGAAGUAGAGGAAGACAGAGAAAAAGAUGGGAAGAUAACACCAAAGAGUCAACCGGACUAAAACAAGGCGACACUGUGCGAAGUGCAGAAUGCAGAGAGGAAUGGAGAAGGAUAGCUUUCAUGUCAUCUGUGGCGCCCAAAAAGGUCUUAUGGACUAAGGGACAUGAUGAUAAUGAUGAUGAACAAUAAGAACCAUCUUGUCAUAACUUCUAUAUGAACAAUAAUGGUUAGCCUCACAUAUACACAUGGAUGACCACCAAUGUUCCCUCUAAGGUUUGUUGGUUCGUGUGCAAAAUCAUAGAGUUGUGUGCAUAUUUUUACCGCAUAAUUUUUUGUGUGCAAAAUUUUACAGCCUACAGACACAAACACACACUUAAGUGGAAAUUAGCUGCGCGGUACUCAAAACUGCUGCGCGUCGUCUGUGAGAUUGCUGCUCAGCCGCGCAGCUUAAAGGGAACAUUGAUGACCACAUAUAAACACACGUGAUGGAGAUUUAAUUUUAAAAAAAUGCCGAACUUUGAUUUUAAUAUCAUUUUGUAUUUACACAGAAAUCUGUCUUGUUGCUUUUUCUAAUGAACCAUUACGUCCCGGUGAGCUGUGAAGGUAAGAAUUAUUGUAAUAAGCUAUUACAUACCGUUGAGCUGUCAAGGUAAGAAUUAUUUUAAUAAUCUAUUACAUCCAGGGAGGUGUCAAUAUAAGAUUUUUUUCUAAUUAGAGUCAUUGUGAUAAUUUAAAUAAAAAAUGAAUAUUUAAGCAUUCGGCUAAUUUUUUUAAAAUGUGUCAUUUAACUUGAUGUAGGCCUUUAACUCCAGAGUUCAUAUACUAUACAUGAUCUAGUUUCACGGUUCAACUUUUUGUAAGCUAUAGUUCAACUUGAUGUAGGCCUUGUUUCAUUUUGAUGUAGGCCUUGGUUCAAAUUGAUUUAGGCCUUCGUUCACUUUAAUUUAGGCCGUGUCUCUAUUUGGUGUAGGGUUUGGUUCAACUUGAUGUGGGGAUUGAUUCAAUUUGAUGUUUUGCCAUGGCUUAAACUUGGUGUUAGCCUUGAUUCAAUUUAUGUAGGCCUUGGUUCAUAUUGAUAUAGGCCUUUGUGUAGCUUGAUAUAGGCCUUGAUUCAACUUGAUGUAGGCCUUGGUUAAAUUUGAUGCUUGUCUGUCUUUCAACUUGAUGUAGGCCUUGUUUCAAUGUGAUGUAUGCAUUUAGCUUUUGUUCAGAUGCCAUUUAUCAGUAUUUAUAUAUAGGCCUUUGUUGAACUUGAUGUAUUCCUUGGUUCAUAUUGAUGUAGGCCUUGGUUCAACAUGAUCCAAAUUUUGUUAUAACGACAUUUAUAUGUAUUUAUUCAUUCAUUUUAAAACAUUUCUUUAAAAAGUUGUUUUUGUCGUAAAUACACGUUGAAAUGUUGUAUUAAAGGCGUAAAUCUUACACUUAAAAAACAAAAGUCUUGCUCGUAAAGAUUUGCCUUCCGUCUAUAGAAUGAUAGAAUGAGCAGUUACGUCUCUUUAGAAGUGUUGCUGAAUUAUUAGGUCAUUCAAGUUAAAUCAAAAGCGUGACAAGUAAAAAUAUUUGAGAAGGAUGUUUGAAUAAAUGCAGUAUUUAUUUCAGAGCUUCCCGCCUCCAGGGGUGCAUUUCAGAUUUUUUUUUUUGGUGGUGGGACAUACGUACCCAGGGCGCAGACUCGCAGGGGCUCCAAAACGGGCUUUGAUGUUAUUAAAUGGAUGAAAAUAAUUAGUUUCAGAUUUGAAUUGGGGAAGGGGGGUGGGGCGUAAAAUGAAUAAUAUCGCCUAACGCCAAACAGUCUAGAUACGCCACGGGCAGUGUCGUAGAAAGGGGAGGAUCAGGGUGUUUACCCAGGUAUCAUUUUUUAAUUAUAUGGAUGUGAGGCAUUUUUGGACCAAAGCAGAAUUUGUUUGUAUCAUGAAAAGAAGAUCAACAAAAUAUUUGGCCGCCCGUGAUGGCACUUAUACUAACUACGCCAAUACAUAUCGUAACCAAAAUUAGUGAUCAUUUUCAUCGGGAUAUAGCGCAGAAGUUAACGGUGCAUUUGCUUUCAUUUUGAUAUAAAUAUAAGCAAUACAAAGAUCUUGAAGGUAAACUCAGUGAACCAAAAGCACAUCUCUUUGGCAAGCACUGCACUGGAAAUAAUGGAGGACUUCAAUGUUCAACACAAAUGUUAAAACAGUCCUAUUCUGUGGAGCCGCAACUUGAAGAGCAACAGUGAGCAUUACGCAGUUAGUACAUACCUUCAUAAACAAUUGACUUGGAAAUAUCCUUAACUUCCAAUGGCCAAACACUAUCAUCAAAAAAGACUUACUAGAUAGGACAUACCAGGAGACUUUUGGUUAAGACAUUACACGGAAAAGAUGGAAGUGGAUAGGGCAAACUCCCCGCUAACCCCAGAUAACGUCACCAGACCAUCCCUUAACAUGAAAUUCGACGGGAAAAAGGGACAGGAGUUUCCAAAAAUGUAUGUAGGCGUGAGCGGGAGGCAGACACACAAAGUAUGGGAUAAUCCAGGAAGCAACUGGAAAGGAAAGCACAUGACCGAGAUGAAUGGAAAAUUCUUGUGGACGGCAUAUGCCUCAGGCGGGUAACAUCCAUAAGUAAGUAUGAGUAAGUAUGAAUCUUGAGUAGAUGGGACUGGGAAGCCUUCUCCACAGAAUGUUCUUUUUUUUAUAUAGAAAAUCGUGAGGUGCCUUUUAGAGUAUAGUUGAAUUCAAUGUAUCUAUUAGACAUUUUAAUUAGGCGAAAUUUAAUUGUAAGGGUCUAGGGAUGCAUUUUGGUGCCAGUGUAAUACAUAAACUGAAUUCACCCCUGUUAUGGCAGGCUGCCCCAUGGCAAUACUUUGGCACACUCUUAGGGUUAAAUUCAUCAUGUAACAAUGAUUAGUGUGAAGGAAUGCUGAGCCAUAAACUGAGGGUGCUGAAGACAGUAACCAAACUUCAGAAUGCAGAGGUGUAUUUUUAGUGCAUACUUCAAUUCGACUUUUCUUUUAAAAACUAUUUUAGCCAACUUUCGUCUGUGGGGGCGCCACAAUUAGCCAUAUUAAGGAUCAUGGACAUUUUUAACGCCGCAACAGGGGGACACGAACUAAACGCAUUUCGGUUGUGGCGCCCUUGAGGGUAUCCUAGUUUUUAUUGAUUCUUAAAUUUGUGUAGUCCCCUGAAAAUUUUUAAUAUGCCUUGUGACAAAUAAUUUACUUUAAUUUUGCAACAUUCUACACUUAAUUACAAAGCAACGGAAGAGAUGCCAAUUUAAAAAAAAAUGCAGGUGUCACUUAAUCAUAAGAUAAGAUAAGAUUCUUAUAUUGAUCCAACCAAAUGGAUAUUUUUUUGAUUGCAUUGUAUAUUUUAAGCACACAAAGAAAACAAUUUGAACACAAGACAUUUAUAUUAAAUUAUUUCACUAGUAAAAAAAAACAGCCAUUAAUUGAUUCUCUGAGCCAUAUCGGGGACUUAUUAGAUUUCCUUAAGAUUUGUGAAGUUAGGGGAAGCACGCUGGUAAAUUCGUACAGAUUGGGGAACAAAAGAAUUUUAUACCUUCAGUCCACGUCCUGACGGAAAGAAUUCGUCCCGAACGGAACGAUCCUAAGUAUCUGUGAUGAAAAGGGUGAGAUAUAUCAUUCAAAACGUGUUUAGCUUUACAAGAACAUCUUUCUUCAAAUAGUUCUUCAAGUUAAGGAUGUUUAGUUUGUGUUAUGUUCCUAACUUUCUUGAUUAGUCGGUUUAUGCGGUGUUUAAUAUCAGACGUUGAAUUCCCACACCAGCAGUUAACACUGAAAUUAAGUAUGGUUCCAAUUGUUGCACUGUAGAAAAAGUUAACGACUUGUUUGUUUACGCCGAAAUUGUAGUUUUUUUAAAGGUAGAACAGUGUUUCUUGUAAUUUUUUAUAUAUCAUUUGGCCGUGCUAAUGCCAUGGUAGCUUAUUAUUAAUGGUGACAACAAAGUACUUGUAUGCCUCUACUUUCUCUAUCUAUUGUUUUUUUAUGUUCAAAUCUGUAACCUGGUGUUUCCCUCUCCUGAAAUCAACAACCAUUUCAUUUGUUUUUGAGACAUUCAGCUGGAAAACAAAUUUAGCGCACCAAUUGAUAAAGCUUGUAACUAAGUUGCGCUAUAAGCCCUCUCCUUCAGAUAUUAAACCAACGAUGGUGGUAACAUCAGCAAAUUUUAAGAUUGGAACUGUGUCGCUUUAGCUUUGAAUAUCAUAGGUAUAUAGUGUUUACAGUACAGGGGAGAGAACUCAGGAUUCAACAAUAUUAACUUUAAAUAUACGGAUCAUCGAAUAUAUUGAACGAUAUUUUAUUUAAUCCACUAACUGUAAUCGGUUAAAGGCACCAGAUAUUAUUAAUUUUAAAACUCUUUAAAAUGACAAUUGAGUCGUUUUUAAUAAAAAAUAUAUAAUUGUUAUAUUGUGCAUAUUUUGCUCCGGGAGGAACUUAUCUUUCCCAGGGGGCAGUGCCCCCCCCCCCCCCCGAGAUAUGCCUGAACGAAACCCUGACUAUAUGUAGACAUCUCCUGAGCUACGAGACUUCAUAAUUUAAUUGAAUUCAAAAUCGCUUAGCUACUACUUGAUCUGAUAUAUUUAUUACAAUAGUCGAGAACUGUGUUUUAUAUAAUAUAUUGACUUUACCCGAUCUACCGGACUUUACAAAUUUAAUUGAAUUAAACAUUUCUUUGCAAUUACUUGAUCUGAUAUAUUAAUUACGAUUAAGCGUUUUCAGAAUGUUCUGUCACGCAGAUUAAAUACAGAUAGAUUCUUAAAUUUCUGGAGUAUAAAAUGUCAAUGUAAAUAUUUACUAGGGAAUCUGAUUUCAUGACUCAGUCGAUCAUUAUUUAACAUGUUUUUUUAAAAAAAAGAUCAAUCUUCUCAUUGAUAAAAAUGUUUGUAAUAGUCCUACAAAUUCAUUUCAGAUCCUUGCAUAUUUUUGAAAUAUGGCAGACGUCCCCAUCCUGCAUCAUGUGUCAAGUAUUAUGAAUGCGAUCAGUACAAGGGACAUGAAAAAACCUGCCCAAGUAAUGAACACUUCAGCCCUACGGUAUAUGCUAAUUAUGAAACUUGUAUAUUUACAAACACAUUAGAAGAUUUGCUCAUUUUUUAUUUACGGACUGACUCCUAUCAGUAACCGAAAUUCUUGUCUCAUGUUACGUUAGCAGUCAUUUAACUUAGUGUACCAUUGGCAGCAUUGGGCUUACUGAACUUUCCAUAGGAGUGCCCACGGACUAAGUAUUUUCAGCUAAUGAAGAAAAACAACUAAUUUUCUUGAUUUUUUUUUAGUAUAUCGUUUGUUUACUUAUAAUUUGUUUGUACUCAAAUAUUUCUGUCCUUACUCUUAUCGUUAACAAAAGAAAUUAUUUUUAAAGGAGACAAUAUCUGCUUCUUUAAAAAAAGUAGCUUGCACGGCAGUUAGCAGAUCUAUGAUUGAAACUACAAAGUGUUUUUCUAAUUAAUUUUCAUGCAGUAAAAUGAAUUUUUUGUGUGUAAAAAUGAGAAUAACUUUUAGCUUCAUUUCAAAAUAAAACGUAUUAUUUUUUAUUCAAUAACUUUAUAUCCCGCCAUUCAUCAACUACAUCAUCAAUUGGAAGUAAAUUAUAUCUUAUUGAUCGUCUUACAUUUUCUCAUUAGAUCAGGCGCUGUGUCUAUUAUAGUCAUUCUGGUUGUGCCAUAACGACCACUGCACCAAAAAGAACAGGUAUUGAUUUUAAUGACCUGGGCGAUAUUCAAUACCAUUUUUAUAUAAUGUUUUAAAAAUUUCUUAAUGAAACGGUUUGUGAUAGCAAUUUUUUUUUCUAUAAAAAAAUCCAACGUCUUGAAAUGUUUAGAGUUAUAAUAUUUAAAAAAAAGAUCUUUAAAAUUAAGAUCUAAAUAUUAUUUUUAGAAAAAUUCACAUACAUAAACUAAUGGAGCACAAUUUAUUAUAACACAAUUUUGCAUACAAAACACUUUAUUACGAGGGAAAAUUAGUCUGAAGCUUAAAGAUUCUUGUGUCUAAGUCAAAUUUUGUCAAAACCAAACUGAAAAUAUACUGCAACUGAUCUGGUUUAGAUUAAAAUACAGUAUAAAAAUAUCAGUUGUAAAUUAUUUCCCUUUUCCAAGCUGAGACACAUAAACAAAGUUUGUCUAUUCUAAUCAAAGUGUAAAUUUCCUAAACAGAAUAACUCAAAAUGGAUAUCUUAUAAAAAUUAAAUUUAUCACCAGUCUUAUGUUAUUAAUGAUGCUCAGUAUCAAUUCUUAUCACUUCCCCAAAGACAUUUCAAUAUAUAAAGCAACUCCAAAAAAUUGUUUAGUAAUUUUAGUAAAAUAAUGAAAAAGAAAAAAAAAAAAGAAAUAAUUCCAACAGUUUUUGUAAAUUUAAAAGAAAUUGAAAAUUAAUUAAUAGAGAAAAAUCUGUAGAUAAUAUUAUUUUUAAAAAUGAUUUCAUAAUUUAAUGAUGACAUUAAUGACUUAAAUUGAAGGAUAAAAAAUAUAAUAAUUAUCUAAUUAAUGUGGGUCAUUAAUGGUACUUUAUUACAAUGAGUUAGGUAUUUAAAACAAAUUUGAGAAGAUUUUUUACAAAAGACAAUGUAUGAAUAUAUUGUAGCAGGGGUUCUCAAACAAUGGGCCGUGACACUUUCAGUCGGUUUUCUGACACAUGUCAGAAUUCUAUUGGUAACUGAAUAAAAUGCUAAAUGUUACAUUGAGCAUUUAUAUCUUAUUUGUACCACUUUAAAUUAUAAUAAAAAUAUAACUUACAGUGAAUAGGCUGGUUUCUUAUUGAUAAUAGACUAUGGCUAAACACUUGAUAGACAUCAACAUCUAGUUUAUAAUGUCAAAUUUUAUAAAGAGGAACCAUAUUUUUUUUAAAGUUGAGAACCACUUGAUUAAUUUAAAGAAUAAAAUUUAUAUCUUGGAUUAGAAGUUUUGUACAUACUUAACAAUAAUUUUAAUUUUUUUCUAAUAUUUGAUUUUUAACAAAGAAAUGACAUAAAAACCUAAAGACUAUAACAAACAUUGAUGGGCAGUUUAAUAAAAGAUGAGAAGAUUUAAGCUGUUUUUUAAAUAAUUGUUGUGUAAAUCUUGUUUAACUUAAUCCAUAGACUCUAUGAACUUGUAUUUAAAAAUCUUGUUUAACUUAAUGCAUAGACUCUAUGAACUUGUAUUUAAAAAUCUUGUUUAACUUAAUGCAUAGAAUCUAUGAACUUGUAUUUAAAAAUCUUGUCUAACUUAAUGCAUAGACUCUAUGAACUUGUAUUUAAAAAUCUUGUUUAACUUAAUGCAUAGACUCUAUGAACUUGUAUUAAAAAAUCUUGUCUAACUUAAUGCAUAGACUCUAUGAACUUGUAUUUAAAAAUCUUGUUUAUCUUAAUGCAUAGACUCUAUGAACUUGUAUUUAAAAAUCUUGUUUAACUUAAUGCAUAGACUCUAUGAACUUGUAUUUAAAAAUCUUGUUUAACUUAAUGCAUAGACUCUAUGAACUUGUAUUUAAAAAUCUUGUUUAACUUAAUGCAUAGACUCUAUGAACUUGUAUUUAAAAAUCUUGUUUAACUUAAUGCAUAGACUCUAUUAACUUGUAUUUAAAAAUCUUGUUUAACUUAAUGCAUAUACUCUAUGAACUUGUAUUUAAAAAUCUUGUUUAACUUAAUGCAUAGACUCUAUGAACUUGUAUUUAAAAAUCUUGUCUAACUUAAUGCAUAGAUUCUAUGAACUUGUAUUUAAAAAUCUUGUUUAACUAAGAAAUAAACUCUUUGAACUUGUAAGUAACAAUAAUUUUUUAACGUAAUGAAUAUACUCUAUCCAUUUGUAACUAACAAUCUUUUUAAAUUAAUGAAUAGACUCUGUCACCUUGUAAAUAACAAUGAAACGUUUGAAUUAAAAAAAAAUAAAUAUUUAUUUCUCAUUUGAAAAAUUAUUUACAAUUGUAGAUAUUUGAAAAUGUUUUAAAUAAUACACCCAAGUAAUAUGUGGCACAUAAUUUCUUGCACUUCAAAAUAAUGCCACAGAAGAGAAAUAACGGGACAACUGGUUUAUAAAUGAAGAAGGAAUAGAAGAAAAUAAAAUAAACUGACAAGUCGGUAAAGAGAUAUUUAUUUUAUAACAUGUUUUUACUAAGAGAUGUCUACUUAAUAACAUUGUUGUACUGAGAGGUGUCGACUUGAUUAAAUGUUUGAAAUAAUGUAUCUCUAUUUUAUAACACAUGUGUACUAAUUGCAUUCUAUCUCAAAAUUUAUCCUCUCACGGCACCAGUACAUCACAAUCUAAAGCCUAUGACUGGAGCUAGACCUAGUAAGGAAUAUUUACUUGAAUUUCAAUUAAGUUACUUUCUAAGGAUAAGUCGAUAAUUAAACAACAACAAAAAAAAAACAAAAAAAAAAAAAAAAAAAAAAAAAAAAAAAAAAAAAAAAAAAAAAAAAAAAAAAAAAAAAAAAAAAACAACCCUAGAUUUUUUUUACUGCCUUCAAAAAACAUAUAUCAGACACUUGUGUUUUUAUUAUUGAAACUUCCUGUUUAAUGCAUCAUUAUUAUGUAUUUGAACAUAUAUAUUUCGACCACCAAUCAUAUAAAUUAGUUUAUUGUACAAACACGUGACCACAAAGUUUCAGAUGCAACACAUUUUUCGUUGACUUCACAAAAAGAUAAUUGUGUUUAAUCAGAGACACUGAACAGAUCUUUAAACUAACGCGAUUUUCGCCACCACUCCAUGUCAAUAAGCUUUGUCAUGUCAAGACUGCCUGUGUGUCAAUGACUUCAGCUCAAUAAGCUCUAACAUGUCAAGUCUGCUUUUGUGUCAACGAGUUCAGCUCAAUAAGUUCUGUCAUGUCAAGUCUGCCUGUGUGAAUGAUUUUAGCUCAAUAAGAUCUAUCAUGUCAAGUGUGCUGUUGUGUCAGUGGGUUCAGCUCAAUGAGCUCUGUCAUGUCAAGUCUGCCUGGGUGUCAAUGAGUUCAGCUCAAUAAGCUCUGACAUGUCAAAUCUGCUUUUGUGUCAAUGACUUCAGCUCAAUGAGCUCUGUCAUGUCAAAUCUGCCUGGGUGUCAAUGAGCUCAGCUCAAUAAGAUCCAUCAUGUCAAGUUUUCUUUUGUUUCAAUGAGUUUAGCUCAUUGAGCUCUGUCAUAUCAAGUCUGCCUGGGUGUCAAUGAUUUUAGCUCAAUAAGCUCUGUCAUGUCAAGUCUGCCUGGGUGUCAAUGACUUCAGCUCAGUGAGAUCUAACAUGUCCAGUCUGCUUUUGUGUCAAUGAGUUCAGCUCAAUAAGCUCUGUAAUGUCACGUCUGCCUGGGUGUCAAUGAGCUCGACUUGGUUAAGCUCUGUAUUUAACCAAGUCACAAAUACAAUCCAAGUGACCACGUAUCUCAGUUAUUCACUUAUGUCAUCACUAUCUCUUUGUCUGAGCAGGUUUUAAAUGUUUGGCCCUCAAGUUUUUCGAUCUCUUUUUUUGUGAUCGUUAAGAAGCCUGAAUGACAAAAAAAAAAAAAAAAAAAAAAAAAAAAAAAAAAAAAAAAAAAAAAAAAAAAAAAAAAAAAAAAAAAAAAAAAAAAAAAAAUGUUUUAAAUUUUUGGCCCUAAAGUUUUUCAAAUUCUUUUUUUGGAAAAAGUAAAAAACCGAAAAAAAAAAAAAAAAAAAAAAAAAAAGAAAAAAGAAAAAAAACAACAAAAAACAAAAACAAACUAACAAUAACAAACUAACAAUAACACGUAUUUGUUUCUAAAUUUUCUAAACUUCUUUUCUGAAUUAAUUUACUUUUAAUGUAUGAUUCCUUCAUAAACAGAUUGUAUCAGCUCCGCGACAAAUCAUGACUUAUUCGACAUAUAUGAAUUUUGGGGGAAAACGUACUACUUGUCCAAAGCUAUUUACAUUUCGGACUCUGCCUCUGCUGACGUGUGUAGCACAUUUUGUGGGUAUCUCGCUGAGAUAGAUGAUAAAGAAGAAUACGACUUUGUCCUCUCAAUGACUGAGAAACACAACUACUAUGGCAUACUUAUAGGAGGCACAGACAAGUACACGGAGGGCAUCUGGGAGUACGUUAGGAGACCGAGACGCGUAAACUAUUUGAACUGGUGCCUUGGAGAACCUAAUAAUGCCUUUGAUCAAGACUGUCUUGGCAUCAGCAAAAAUUACUCCUGCAUGUUUGACCACCAGUGUGUUCAUACACAUGAUCAUUAUCAUUUUCGUUACUUAUGUGAAUCAGAUUACAAAAAAAAAAAAACUGAUUAAAAUAUUAUAAAUUGAUUUAUUAAUGUUUAGGUUCGGGAUUUGCAAAUUUUCAGAUGAGCUUUGCUUUGGUCAUUGUUUUUCUUCCUUUUUCCCCAUCAAAUCUAAAUUUGUUGAGUUCAUAACGGGACGUUCAACGUCAGACGUUACAGCAGGUUCGGUCGUGAGACUCAAUUAUUUUAAAUAGUAUUACUUAAAUGGAAUAAUCCAUAUGAUGCUGAGACUUUAAAAAAAAAUGUUUUAAUGAAACAACAUUCUUAAAAUAUAAGAAAGGUUUGAUUGUAAUAAGCAUAAAUAUUUAAAGUAAAAU